UUUAGGCCAUUUUUAAAACCCUAUUUAAACCCUAACUUUCCCUUAACUUUGAAACCCUGAUUUUCGUCUCCUCUUUCAAAAUGGAAAUUGAAAGAGAAACCAAUGAAGGCAACUCAAGGAGGAUUCAAGUCCGAUUUAUAACGAAAUUAAAAGCACCAUAUAAAGUUCCGACAACAGCCAUUGCCAUCCCUUCUGACCUCUCUCGUUUAGGCCUUUCCUCCAUUGUUAACAAGCUUCUUCAAGCUGUGGAUUCUGAGUGGAAAACCGAGCCCUUUGAUUUCCUGAUCGAUGGGGAGCUGGUUCGGAUGUCACUUGAGCAGUUUCUUCUUGUCAAAGGCAUUUCUGCGGAGAAAAUUUUGGAAAUUGAAUACAUAAGAGCUGUUGCCCCUCGAAAAGAGGAAGAGCCUUCUCCGCAUGAUGAUUGGGUCAGUGCUGUUGACGGUUCUAGUCCUAGGUUCAUUUUGACUGGUUGCUAUGAUAGUUUGGGAAGGAUAUGGAAACAAGCUGGAUGGUGUACGCAUAUACUAGAAGGACACAGUGGUGCAAUUUCAUCUGUUCGUAUCAUCAACUCAGAAGGGGCAGGAAGUGCAACAGUAGCCACUGCUUCAAAAGAUCGAACUCUGAGACUGUGGAAGUUUGAUGCAGAGGACUCUACUGACCAUCCUGCAAGGAUAAGAGCAUUCAAGAUAUUACGUGGGCAUAAUGCAUCUGUACACAGCAUUGCAGCAAAGACAUCUGGAGACAUGAUUUGCUCAGGUUCUUGGGAUUGUACGAUCAAUUUAUGGCGGACAAAUGACACUGAUACAAAUGGGGACACGGUAUCAAUCAAGAAAAGGAAGGUUAAUAAUAAAAUUGAGGAGUCUCAAUCAGAGGGAGAGGCCGUCUCUACACUUGUGGGCCAUACACAGUGCGUCUCCUCUGUGGUUUGGCCUCAGCACGAUACAAUUUAUUCGGCAUCAUGGGAUCACUCUGUCAGAAAAUGGGAUGUCGAGACAGGCAAAGAUUUGUCUGAUAUAUUCUGUGGCAAGGCCCUCAACUGCAUUGAUAUAGGAGGUGAAGGAUUGGCUCUCAUCGCUGCUGGUGGUUCCGAUCCAGUUCUUAGAAUAUGGGAUCCUCGUAAACCAGGAACAUCGGCACCCACGUUUCAGUUCUCUUCACAUAGUUCUUGGAUUUCAGCUUGCAAGUGGCACAAUACGUCUCCUCUUCAUUUACUUUCUUCAUCUUAUGAUGGGAAAGUAAUGUUGUGGGAUCUAAGAACAGCGUGGCCUGUUUCUAUCAUCGAUACGCACAAAGACAAGGUAUUAUGCGCAGACUGGUGGAAGGGUGACUGCGUGGUGAGCGGUGGGGUGGACACUCAGCUCCGAAUUUCUUCGGACAUCUCUAUCCAUUGAGAAGAAAGAACAUGUUUGGAGCCGAGAAGGGAGCUGGUGAAAUUGGUAUCAAGUGAGGGGUUUAGGCAUUAAAGAAUGGUUGUGAUUGUCUGAAAUGUCUAUCAAUUUUGUUCAGGAUAUGUAAACAAGCCAUCAUUUCCUUCAAGUGUUAUAUAACUUAUAGGAUUAUGUUCUAUUUGUGUUCAAUUCUCUUUUAUUUGGAUAUAAGGUCAAAACUUAUGUUACUCGAAUUCGAAUAUGGGUGUGUGUCUGAUAUUGAUAUGUUUACCGGCUCGGUUUAGGUUCGAAUAGCAAAAAGACUUGUUCGGACCUGAUCCUGGUUUGUUAA